CCCGCUGCCCCCUGUAAACCCUUUGGAGCCGUUUCUAGAGAGAGAAACUGAGGAGAGAGAGAGAGAUGUCAAGCAGAAGCGAUGAAAAUGAAGUAACCACAACAUUAACAGCACCUCUGUUAGGGUUAGACGACUACACAAACUCUUCAACAGACGCAGAGCCAAUUAUAAUCAAGCACGUGGAAGAUGAUAAUAAUGAAAAUCGAAGCCUCUCCAACCGGGUUUGGGUCGAGACGAAGAAGCUGUGGCGGGUCGUGGGACCCGCCAUCUUCAGCCGGAUCGCUUCGUACUCCAUGUUCGUCAUCACACAGGCCUUCGCCGGCCACCUCGGCGACCUCGAGCUCGCCGCCAUGUCAAUCGCCACCUCCGUUAUCAUGGGCUUCGAUUUCGGCCUCAUGUUGGGAAUGGCGAGUGCGUUGGAGACGCUGUGCGGGCAGGCGUACGGCGCGAAGAAGUAUCACAUGCUGGGGGUUUACCUGCAGCGCUCGUGGCUGGUACUCUCUCUGUGCUGCGUGGUGACGCUGCCGGUGCUGCUCUUCGCCGGACCGAUUCUGAAGGCGCUGGGGCAGCCGGCGGACGUGGCGGAGAUGUCUGGUGUGGUGGCGCUGUGCUUCGUGCCGCUCCACUUCAGCUUCGCGAUUCAGUUCCCGAUUCAGAGGUUUCUGCAGAGCCAGCUGAAGAACAGCGUGAUUGCUUGGAUGAAUUUGGGGGCGCUUGGGGUGCACGUGCUGCUGAGCUGGCUUGUUGUUUACAGGCUGCGACUGGGGGUUAUUGGUACCGCCCUCACUCUGAAUAUCUCGUGGUGGGUGGUGGUUUUGGGGCUGUUCUUAUACACCGUCUGCGGCGGUUGCCCGCUGACGUGGACUGGCUUCUCCACCGAGGCGUUCUCCGGUUUGUGGGAGUUUCUCAAGCUUUCUGCUUCUUCUGGUGUCAUGCUGUGCUUGGAGAAUUGGUACUACAGAAUUCUUAUAGUGAUGACCGGAAAUCUGAGCAACGCCGAAAUCGCAGUCGAUGCUUUGUCCGUUUGCAUGAGCAUCAACGGUUGGGAAAUGAUGAUUCCUCUUGCAUUUUUCGCUGGAACUGGAGUGAGGGUGGCGAAUGAACUUGGAGCAGGGAAUGCAAAAGGAGCAAAGUUUGCAACAAUAGUAUCUGUGAUUGAAUCAGUGAUAGUGGGAUUAGUAUUUUGGGUACUAAUAAUGCUAUUUCACAAUGAAUUAGCCCUAAUUUACACAACAAGUGAAGUUGUUCUAGAAGCAGUUAGCCACCUCUCUCUUCUCUUGGCUUUCACUAUUCUCCUCAACAGUGUUCAACCUAUUCUCUCAGGUGUGGCUGUUGGUUCGGGAUGGCAGUCAUACGUGGCAUACAUAAACCUUGGUUGCUACUAUUUAGUUGGACUCCCACUUGGAAUUCUCAUGGGAUGGGUUUUCGAUCAAGGAGUUAUGGGUAUUUGGGCUGGUAUGAUAUUUGGGGGAACUGCAUUUCAGACAGCCAUUCUGGCCGUUAUCACAAUUCGAUGCGACUGGGAAAAAGAGGCGGCGAAGGCAACUACGCACGUAAAAAAGUGGUCGGAAUCGACAAAUAAUGCUGCAUGAACAAAUUGAACGGAUAGAAUUGAUGAUCUUUUUCUUGCUCGGAAAGUUGGUAGAGUUUCAACAUUUUUUGUUGAUGAAUUAGUUGGGAAUAACUUCGAUAUUAUAUUCGACAAAAAUAUAACGUUGCAUGAUGAAAAUAAAGUUUCAACUGUACUUUAUUUUCCUGGUAUUUUAGUAUAUGAUCCAUAAGGUUAUGUAACAAGGAAAUUGAAGACUAUAAUAUAUGGUUUUUCCAGUAGUUUGUAAAGUGCAAUUUAAUCUGUCCAAAACAUACAUAUUAAAUUAUAUUUAAGCCUAUGUAUAUAUACAUAUAUG